GGAAAAUUGCAUUUUUGCUUAAACCCUAUUAUUGUCACUUUCUCUUCCUCUCCCUCUUCCUUAUUCGAAAACACACAAAAUCACAGUAGUAGCAUCUGUAGCCAUGUACAGAUCAAUGGCAAUCCUGUCUUCUCUUCGACACGCGUACUCACAGAUCUCUACUCGAUCGUAUCUAAGCCGAUCUAAGGUGGGUUUUUCCUCAAACUUGUCUUCGCCUCUCGAUUCAUUUGCAAUCGUCCCUAGUCGAUUUCUUUGGAAAUUUCGAACCUUUUCUUCGAAACCAGAUUCUAUGCUUCAAUUAGUGCUUGAGAAUGAUUGGUCUAAGGAAGUAGAGGAAGGAUUGAGGAAACCUGAUAUGUCUUUGACACACGAGACUGCAAUUUACGUUCUGAGGAAAUUGGAGAAGUAUCCUGAAAAAGCUUAUUACUUUCUCGAUUGGGUUUUGAGAGAUUCAGGGCUUAGUCCAAGUACUCCACUCUAUAGCAUUAUGUUGAGGAUUUUAGUGCAGCAGAGAUCAAUGAAACGGUUUUGGAUGACUCUGAGGGAGAUGAAACAAGGAGGGUUUUAUUUAGACGAGGAUACUUAUAAGACUAUUUAUGGUGAGCUUAGUAAGGAGAAAUCGAAAGCUGAUGCUGUGGCUGUGGCUCAUUUUUAUGAGAGAAUGCUUAAGGAGAACGCAAUGUCUGUUGUUGCUGGAGAGGUUUCUGCUGUUGUUACUAAGGGGGAUUGGAGUUGUGAGGUUGAGAGGGAAUUGCAGGAGAUGAAGCUCGUUUUGUCGGAUAAUUUUGUGAUUAGGGUGUUGAAAGAACUAAGGGAACAUCCUUUGAAAGCUUUGGCGUUUUUCCAUUGGGUUGGUGGUGGUGGUAGUUCUUCUGGUUAUCAACACAGUACUGUUACUUAUAACGCAGCUUUGAGGGUUUUGGCUAGGCCUAACUCGGUUGCAGAGUUUUGGAGUGUUGUUGAUGAAAUGAAGACUGCAGGGUAUGAUAUGGAUCUUGACACUUAUAUAAAGGUUUCAAGGCAGUUUCAGAAAUCUAGAAUGAUGGCUGAGACAGUUAAGCUUUAUGAAUAUAUGAUGGAUGGUCCGUUCAAACCAUCUAUUCAAGAUUGUAGUCUUUUGUUGAGGUAUUUAUCGGGUAGUCCCAAUCCAGAUUUGGAUUUGGUGUUUCGGGUUUCGAGGAAAUAUGAAUCAACAGGGAAGUCUCUCUCAAAAGCUGUUUAUGAUGGAAUCCACAGGUCUUUAACCAGUGUAGGUAGGUUUGACGAAGCUGAGGAAAUCACCAAGGCUAUGAGAAAUGCGGGUUAUGAGCCGGAUAACAUCACAUACAGCCAACUCGUGUUUGGUCUUUGUAAAGCUAAGAGAUUAGAAGAAGCACGAGGAGUCCUUGAUCAAAUGGAAGCACAAGGAUGCUUUCCCGACAUAAAAACUUGGACUAUACUGAUCCAAGGGCACUGCAAAAACAAUGAAUUGGAUAAGGCCUUGGCGUGUUUUGCGAAUAUGCUAGAGAAAGGGUUUGAUAUUGACUCUAAUCUGCUUGAUGUCUUGAUAGAUGGGUUUGUUAUCCACAACAAAUUCGAGGGGGCAAGCAUAUUCCUUAUGGAGAUGGUGAAAAAUGCCAAUGUAAAGCCUUGGCAAAGCACGUACAAACUUCUUAUAGACAAGCUGCUAAAGAUCAAGAAGAGUGAAGAAGCACUAGAUCUUCUUCAGAUGAUGAAGAAGCAAAAUUACCCUGCGUAUGCAGAAGCUUUUGAUGGAUACCUUGCAAAGUUUGGGACUUUGGAAGACGCUAAGAAGUUCUUGGAUGUGCUUAGCUCAAAGGAUUCUCCUUCCUUUGCAGCCUACUUUCAUGUCAUUGAAGCUUUCUAUCGAGAAGGAAGACUCACUGAUGCGAAAAAUCUUCUCUUCAUAUGUCCCCAUCACUUUAAAACUCACCCUAAAAUCUCCGAACUCUUUGGUGCUGCAGCUUGAGGUAUUAUGUCACCCAAUUGUUCCGCAGAGACAUGUUCAUCCCAUUCAGCUACAAGAAUACAACCAAGAGGUCAUCUACUGUUUGGAAGUCUUUCCAUUCAACCUCUCUGGAAUAAAACUCUACUCUCUUUGCGAAUAAUGUCCAUUCCUCUGUUCUACGUGCUGCAGGGUAGUAAGAUGAUUUUGUAGGCUUUGUUGAUGGAACUGAAAGAUGUUGUAGGAUUGUUCAUAAACAGUUUGCAUUUAUUUAUUCAUUUUGCAAUUGUUGAGCUUCUCUGUCUCUUUCUUGUUUUCUUCAACUCAGUAUUGAAUGGAUAUCAUUAUUUUCAUCAGAGAAUGCAAUUAUGGAUUGAGGUCUUGAUCAUGUCCUGGUAGAAUCUUUCUCUUUGCUUUCAUCUUUAUUGAGGAUCAUUGUUGGAAGUAUUAGACGACAUGAAAAGUCAGAAAACUCUUAUCCGAAUAUUAACCUCCAGACCUGUCUGCUUUGGCCAUGUGAGGUUUGUUCCAGAAGUCUGUUAAGCUUACGUGUUCCUUCUUCACACAUGCGGC